CACGUUUUCUUUUAUUAAGUAUCCCCCAGUGAACUACUAGAGGUCAGCUCCGGCAGCUGUGUCUCUGAGCCUCGUCGCCCAAUACUGGACUGACCCGCCAGUGUUUGGCGGACCAUGGCUUGCAGCACCUGGUGCGACAGCGCGGCAGGCCCCAAGGGAGUGUAUUGAGGUGCCCUGCGCCGUCCGGGGACUUGGCGAAGCGCAGCCAGCAGUGGGAGUGGUUCUGUGCAUGGCAGCAGCGGGGCUGCUCCCAUACCAUGUUGGCCGUCGCCUACAUGGACUUUGUGGCUGCCCAGUGCCUGGUGUCCAUCUCCAACGGUUCUGCCAUGCCCGAGGCGGCACGGCUGAAAGUGCCAGGAGAGGAGCAGGUGGGAAAGGAGCCGUACGACCCCCGUGACGCUUGGAAGGACUACUGCACCUUGGUGACCAUUGCCAAGAGCCUUCUGGAGCUGAACAAGUACCGGCCCCUGCCCGUCCCCUCCGUCUGCAGCAGCAACGUGGAGAGCCCGGACGAGGAGGUGGGCUCUGACAGUGACGCGACCACAGAGCCGGGGUUGAGCCCGGCACGCAACUCGGCGCCGGGGCAGCCCCCCCACCUGCGUGACGCUGUGCCCCCCAAGGGGAAGUUGGCCGCUGAGAAGCGGUACAAGUGCCCCUACAGUGGCUGCGGCAAGAUCUACGGGAAGUCCUCCCACUUGAAAGCCCACUACCGAGUGCACACAGGCGAGCGACCAUUCCCCUGCACGUGGCCUGGCUGCCUUAAAAAGUUCUCUCGCUCCGAUGAGCUCACCCGGCACUACCGAACACACACAGGCGAAAAACAGUUUCGGUGCCCCCUCUGCGAGAAGCGGUUUAUGCGGAGUGACCACCUGACAAAGCAUGCCCGGCGCCACACCGAGUUUCACCCCAGCAUGAUCAAGCGAUCCAAAAAAUCCAGCUCCAGCUCCUUGUGAAGGCAGAGCUGGCCUGGGGAGGAGAGUGGGGGAAGCGAGCCACAGCAAGGAUAUGAUGAACAGUGCAAGAGCAGUCUCCGCUGCCGUGCUGUUCAGUCUCUACUCACGGUUUGAAAGCACAUGUAGCCGAAGUUUAAAAAAUAAGUACUCUGUGCCCCACUCCCCACCCUUUGCUAGGAGCAACAGUCUUAAGCAAGUGAAUUGCAGAGUGAGUGAGGGAAGGGAUGGUGACUGGUCUAGGCAAUGACUUUCUUCUGUAAUUUAAAGCAUUGACACUGGUGUAUAUAUGUCUGACUGGAUGGUUUGGCCUGUGACACCACAGUAGCAUGGUCUUUGUGGUUGCUGUGUCAUGAACAUGUUUUGUUGAACAAUGUAAUGCUGCUUGUAUUUAAAAUUUGAGUAAACCCAUGUUUUACUCAGAGUCACUUAAAUAAUUCUCAAGUAAAAACUCCAUAGCACAUUUUAAAAGUGGGUUUACUUCUAUCUCAGAAUGAUCCUUCAUUUAAAAAGGUGGUUAAGAGAAAUAUUGCAUUUAUUACUAAUAGCAUCUGAUCGAUACACAAAAAUAAGGUGAAUUUAUACUCAAGAAGACCCAUUAAAGUAAAUGUCUUUUCAAUUUUUCUUUGUAUUAACUAUACUUUUGAAUAUAAGCUGCACUUUAUCCAGUAAAAAAAUGUAUAAUUCAAGCAGAUACUUAAAGCAAAGAAAGUCACAACAGCUCAGUCAUUUACUGACAGUAUGUGUAUUUAGCUCUAUUAUUUACUUACCUGGAAAAAAUAGAAAUCAGCCUGUGUAAUGUGGCAGGGUGCGGCAGAAAGAGACUUAACUGCAAGGUUCAAGCAAA